ACAAUGUGAGGUUGAAGGCGGAUGUCAUUAGGAGGAGGAGAGAAAGCAGAUCUUGUUUUAGUUUUAUUUUAGGCGCUAAAUUAAAACUCAGACAAGUACAACAGAGAGAAAAAGAAAGAAAAAGCAUUGGACUCUGCCAUGAUCUGACUUACCUGUGACAGCAAAAAAUUAGACCUUCAAAGGCUUCAUCCACCUGCUCUCACCUGAUCUUCUGCUUGCUGUACUUGUUCAAAUGGCAAAGUAUGGCACGGAAACACCCCCUCCUCCUUAUGAUUCUAUAAAUAAUCAGCCACCCCUUAACCCUUAUGAUGGGCUGAACCACCCACGCUACAUUCCCCAGUACCCACCAAUUGUGAUUGGCCAACAAGUAAUACAGGAGUCUAUACCUCCCAAAAACAAGAAGAACACUUGUCAGAACAAUCCACAGUGUUACAAGGCAUGGGCUGCAGCUGCAGUGGUGCUCGUUCUGUUAGGAGCUGCAAUCUGGCUUGGAGUUCAUUAUGGUACAAGGUCAGUAGAAAGUUCCAACCACGAAGAUGACAAAAUGAACCAGCUGAACAACCCAUCUGUGUCAGUGAGUGACACCUGCCCCAACAAUACUGUCCAGUGUGAUGGCAUAAGUGACUGUGAACUGGGCUCUGAUGAAACGAAAUGUGUCAAGUUUGGGGCAGACAACAGGCUGCUGGUCCAGACAGCACAAAAUAGUGCCUUUUUACCAGUGUGUUACAGUGGCUGGAGCACGGACGAUGCAGUUAAGGUCUGCAGACAGAUCGGAUUCUAUGGGGACUCUGUCAGUGGGGAACUUUCUUCCCAGAAUUCUGAAGUUUUAGAAGUGACCAGUAAUUCAGCAUCACGUAUCCAGAGUCGGGUCAAUGUUAGUUCUUCCUGCCCAAACGCAAAAAUUGUUUCCUUGAGUUGCAUUGAUUGUGGUAGGCAGCCUUCCACAUCCAGGAUUAUUGGGGGCACCAUAGCUAAGGCGGGACAGUGGCCAUGGCAGUUAUCACUGCACUACGGAAGAUCCCAUGUUUGUGGGGCGGUCCUGAUCUCACGUGAGUUUGCCUUGACAGCAGCCCACUGCUUCCCAAGCUCUAUGGGUACCUCUCCAAGCAACUGGAAAGUGUACGGUGGAAUUGUGUCUUUGAACCAGCUUCCUUCUCCCUACAUGGUUAAGAAAAUCAUACUCAACAAAAAUUACAACAGUAACACUAACGACCAAGACAUAGCUCUAAUCCAACUCGCAUCACCAGUUACUCUCACUGAUAACGUUCAACCGGCUUGCCUGCCACUUUCUGAGAAUCCAACAAUCAACUGCUGGACCACAGGGUUUGGCACCACUUCUGAAGGUUCAGCUACUGUUUCCACUAACCUAAUGGAAGUGAAGGUGGACAUCAUCAGCAAUAGUGUGUGUAACACUCGUGCAGUGUAUGGACCAGGUGCAGUGACCAACAACAUGAUCUGUGCUGGAAAUCUGAGUGGAGGCAAAGAUUCUUGUCAGGGGGACAGUGGAGGUCCACUGGUAUGUCAGGGACAGAGUCGCUGGCAUGUGGUGGGCCUCACCAGCUGGGGGGCUGGCUGUGGUCGAGAAAACAAACCUGGUGUGUACACCAACGUCAACAGCUUCCUACCUUGGAUCUAUGGCGCAAUGAAGGAAGCGGCAUCAUAAUGUCAGCUUGAGCCCUGCUGAUGCUUAACUUUUUAACCACAGAGACAUCUGCAUUGAUGUCGCGUGAGAACUGAAGAAUGCUGUUGCAGUCAGGAAAACAGUGUUUUUUCUACAGAAAAUUGACAAUUUGAACAAGUUAAAGCGUAAAUAUGAUUUAUUUUAUAUCCAAAACACAAUGGUGAUUAUUUGUAUUCAUUAAAAAUGUGCACUUUACAUCAAACUAUUAAUUGAUGCUUUGCUGAUUAAAAGUUGACUAACUUUGUUGAAGUAACACACAAUCAACUGUGAUCUUCUGAAUCUGAAUAUUCUUGCGAAUAAAUAACUGAUUUGGACUAUUUCUCUGGGUUAAUUCACUUUACUAAUGACUUGAUUAUUUUAUCCAAUAAAAAAGUAACUACAUA